AUGGCCAGUAAGCCCAGCGGAGUGCGCAAAUACUCGGCGGCGGCCUGCUUGUCUUGCAAGAAGCGCAAAGUGAGGUGCGACAAUGGCAAACCGCGGUGCAGCAAUUGCGUGUUGUACGAUGUCGAGUGCGUCUUUGGCGACGAUGGACGGCGAACAUCUUCCACCACAAAGGCCAUCUCUGCCCUCAAAGCUCGCGUGCAAGAACUCGAGGGGGAAUUACGUCGAUCUCAGGUGAACGAUCAGCCCGACUCGGAUUCCCAACGAGGCGAACAGAGCAAACACAACGUCGCAGGCUCUAGAGAACAACAGCAGCCAUUGCCAUCACAAUCAAUCUCUCAUACCGAAAAUGACGACAAUGAAGGCCUUCUGUGGAACGACUCCUCUAUGAUUUCGCCAAACUCAGCCAUGGAUGCAUCUGUAAUGUGGAACAUGGAAGAUCCCCAAACCAACUGGACAGGCCCUGUGGAUUUUCACGGGCACGACUCCAAUCUUUUCAUGGUCGAAAGACCCUUUUUCGGCGUCCCACUGCUACAUCAGGCGAUCGAGCUACCGCAACUCUCUCCGCUCACCUCUCAUCCCGACUCGGAGAUCGGGAACGCAUCGCAAGGGGGAAAUACUCCGUCGAAAACUGAAACCGACGAGCACGUUGACUUGAGUGAAGACGAACUGGCAAGUCAGCUAUCUACCACGACCGGCUUCUACAAGACAGGCGAGGACGGUCACAUGCGUUAUUACGGAGCGACUUCGACACUGAGAAUGACCAAAGAGAGCCCGUUGUCGCUGUACUCACCAGCAAUCCGCCCCGUGCGCAGUGACGGUGCACGAAACAUCGAGCAAGCUGGAUUGUCGUGGGAUAAAGAUGCAGAUUUCGAAGAACACCUCACGAAGCUAUAUUUCACCUGGCAUAAUCCCUUCAUUCACGAAGUGGACGAAACCAUGUAUCGACGUGAUAGGGAGGUGUGGCGCGCCGGCGAAGACACUCCUUUCUUCUCACCAGGCCUGGAAAACUCGAUCCUUACGACCGGCGCACUCUACUCCUCUCGCACUCAUCCGGGCAUUUCAGGUCCCGUGUCAGAAUUCUUCAAUGCCCGUGCGAGGAUAUAUCUAGACCUGGAAAUGGACAGUCCUUCCUUGGCCACCGCACAGGCGUUUCUAGUCCUUGCGGCCCACGAGGCAGCCAACUGCCGAGAUUCGAGAGCAUGGCUGUACAACGGAAUGGCCGUACAACUCAUUACCGAUCUCGGCCUGCACGUUGAUGCACAGCGAGAGCGACAACGGUCCGACGGAUCCACGGACGACCACAGCAUCACCAAUUUUCGACACCGGCUUUUCUGGGCAGUGUACAUGGAUGAUUCGUUCUACAGCAGCUACCAUGGUCGGCCGUCUCUCAUGUUCAACAUGAAAGUUCACGUACCCGGUCCCGUGCCAUCGACUUGUGCUGAGUGGAAGCCAUACUGGGAUUUUGAAGAGCGGAGCGAUGCUGUCGGACAAUUCGACGAGCAACAACUGCGUCAAAUACCGGUCUAUGUUGCACAACUCGCCAUGAAGCUGGGACGCAUACAGGGACAGCUGUAUCAUGCCACACCGGACAAAUCGGACAAGACUCUAGCUUCGGUCCUCGCCAUGACAAACGACCUCGCAUCAUGGCACGCAUCUCUGCCCUCGACAAUAUCCCCGGAAAUGGCUGCACUCCCUUUCGUAGUGAUCCUCCACCUCCUCUUCCACGAAGGCAUAAUCUUCUUGCACCGCCCCUUCCUCGCUGAUGCACGGCCCAUUUUUGCAGGCAACAUGACAGCAAGCCAGCUAUGCAGCAAUGCAGCCGUGGAGAUAUGUCGGUUGCUCGAGACGUCCAAAGCGAAGUAUCCGCUCAAGUACCUCAACGGCUCAGCUGUUCGCAUCGUCAUUGCCGCCGGCACAAUUCAUGCCUACGAUAGCGUGGUAUACUCCGGGCCCCGGGGGAAGCAAGCGCAGGGCCACUUUCUGAGCGCCGUCCGCUUGCUUGGAGAGCUGGGCACGACUUUUAACAGCGCUACGAGAGGACUGGAGAUUAUCACCUCGCUUCGCAGCGAGUGGCAGGCACGACGAUUUCAGCAGUCGAAAGGGAAGCGGAAACGGUUGGGCUCUAUUAAACAGAGUAAUGGUUGA